GUCAUCAGCAGUAAUUCAUGCAUGUUUCAUGAUGUUAAAAUAGCUCCCUUUGCCCGAGGAAGGACGAAAUUACUUUCCUAUUCUGAAAAUAAUGUUGAUGGAAAAUGUGGUAUUGAAUGAGAGUCUGAGUUGGCUGUUUUCCUGGGGAAACUGUGUUUCCAGACUUCUCCACUGUGUGGCAGCACCAUACCUCUGAUCACAGUGGCAUUAAUACAAAGUAACAGGUCUGUACAUCUCCAGAGCUUUUGGGGAUUCUCUUGGAACAUCUGUAAGCUGUUCCCUGUAAUUGGUGUUGCAAGACGUUUUUGUCCAGACACUAUUCUAUCUUGGUAAUGUUUACAUUAAAACUAAAAUACACCUUUGUCAACGGGACAGGUAAACUGGUAAUCACUUAAUAUCCAUCUGUAUAUUUAUUUUAUUUCAUUUUUAUUUUUACUUUUUGGAUUAAAAGUUCAAAGUUGAUUCUAAAGACUUAUUCUACUGAAAGAGAGAUGUCUCCUCCCUGUCCAUGCACAUUCAUGCGAAUGAUGUUAUGAAGUUAUGUUAAAUCCCAACCUUGCCGUUAACAGUUGCAUUCAGGAAUGUGAAGCAUGAUUCCAAGUCAUAUUCAUCAGCAGAAACUUUGGGAACAUUGACACUGCAUAACACACUGGAUCCCUUGAGCUGAGAGGCCACACCCAUAUAUCCUAAUUCCCAUCCAGCCCGCAGUGGGUUUGUGGAAAGUUGCAUUCAUGUGGUGCUUUAAUGGGAAUUCCUUCCCUCGGCAGUGAUUUCAGCUAACAAGGAUGUGCUCUCUGAUUUUACCUCCUCGUUCAGUUUCACUGCAAAUCCCUUUCCUGCUGAAUGCUGGGUUUACCACAGACAUAGCGUCACACAAGUCUGACUAACUAGGCUAUAAAAAGAAAUCUUAAGUCUUAAUGGCACAAACCUGACUAUACGGCAAGAGUGUGCUGUUCUGACAGCUGUGGACAAAAAGUGAAGUGUUCACACAAAAGCUUGGAAGUGGGAGGUGGGAGUGAAAACAAAGCCAUUUCCUGUUGUUGGUUAGGCCCACUCAGGACAAAACUGGAGGAGAGAGGGAGAGAGGAAGAGAAAGAGGGCUGGCCAGGGGAAACCAAUAAGGGGAGUCUGAGGAUCAAAACCGUACGGAUCUGAAGGAAAAUGGAAAUAGUCGCAUUUAUUGUGACCAUCUUGUGCUUGUCCUCGCUUUCCUCGGGUGAGACUGGAAGCCAAGAAUCUGACAGCAAAACCCAGCCCAAGGACUCUGGCAACUCUACACUGAUACAGAAUGAUGAGGAAGAGAGGACUGAGCGAGGAGAUGGAAUGCUCAUUGAGCCAGAACCCACAUCGCCGGUGUCAGACAUGGACAAUAACUACAAUUAUGUCUUGACAAGACUAGCAGCCAUGGACCAGGCCAUCCACCGGCUAAAUGUUGGCCACUACACCCUGGAUGUUAAAGUGACCCAGCUGCUGGAGAGGAUCUCCAGGCUGGACAACAAGCUCACUGAGAUGGAGGACAGCCUGCAACAGGUGUCCCUAUUCAGCAAGGAAAACCGCAAGGAGAUAGGACGUCUGGAAGGCUGCCAGAAGGGUCGACGUGUGGGCUACAAGUGCUUCAUGGUUUACCGCGUGUACGCCACGUACGCAGACGCAGCCCAGAAGUGCCUGGAACGCGGCGGUCGGAUGGCCAUGCCGCGCGACCGCAAGGAGCAGGAGGCUCUGGCCGAGUACGUCCGCGCCGUCUUCCAGCCAGGGAACUGGCCCGUGUGGCUGGGCAUCAACGACCUCCGCUCGGAGGGCCUGUACCUCUUUGAGGACACGACCCGCGUCACCUACUUCCAGUGGCGCAAGCAUUUCCUGUCCAGCCAGCCGGACGGCGGGAAACGGGAGAACUGCGUGGCCAUGUCUUCAGACGACGGAGACUGGUGGGAUAAUUACUGUGACAGGCGCAUGUAUUACCUCUGUGAGUUCGAGGCCUGAUCUACAGACUCUCACACCCUUUCCCAACGUUUCAACAACGUUUCGGUAGGAAUGUAUUUGACGCUGUAGGACUCUGGCAUUACGUUUUCAGAAGAUGUAGCCUUUAUUUAGCAACUAGUUUUAAUAAGUAGCUUUUUAAAAAGGACAUUUAUUUCCGAGUAGAAUGCUCUGAAUAAAAUGUCUCAGAGUUUUGUGUUAUAAAACAUAUUUAUUUUUCACUCGUUGUACUGUAAAAGAAUUACGCACAGUAAUUCCAUAUUAUAGUGCAAUUAGUGAUUGAUAUU